UUUUCGAAAUAUUGUAUUCUACGUGAAAACGAUGGCAUUAUAGAAAAGCUUUAGGACGAAUAAACCACACAUUUCUUUUUUCUCUAUCUUCGUAGAAACUGGCUUCCUUUUAGUUACGGCUUAAUUUUUUUAUUUCAAGUAUAGCACAUAUGUUGUAUCUUGAAUUUAUUCUCGAUUUUAUAGAUAUUGUGUGAAAAUAUUACUGGGCUGCACUAAAAUGAAGUUUAUUUAGUUUCCCUGAAAAGUUGUGAUGGAUAGUUUUAUAUAGGUUUGUUAAAAUAUUUCAGUUCAAAUUAAAAGCGUUUUGGGAAACUUUUUAAUUUGAACUAGUGGAAGUGGGCGGCAACAUGUUAGAAUCAAGUGCAGUUUCCUCUAAAUAUGUAUUGGAAUUAGGUUCGGACACAGUCCGAUUUGAACCUGUCAGCAAACUUACGAAUGUUUUCUUUGAUGAAGCUAAUUGCCAAGUUUUCGCUGUUCGAUGUGGGGGAACAACUGGUGUUGUUGUAAAAGGACCAUCUGACAAAACUUCCAUUAAUUUUCGCAUGCUGGAUAAAGGAGACGUGAUGUCAAUAAAAUUUUCUCCAGAUAAGAAAAUACUUUCUGUUCAGCGGGGUUAUAAAUCGAUUGAGUUUAUAAAUUUCAACGAAAAUUUAGAACCCGAAAAUUUAGAAUAUUCACAAAGCUGCAAAGGUAAGACUACAUCAAUCUUAGGUUUCUCUUGGACAUAUAUCAACGAAAUUGUUUUUGUUACUGAUCAUGGAAUCGAACAUUAUCAAGUUAUUCCUGAGAAGCAUAGUCUAAAAUCAUUAAAAAUAUACAAUGUCUCUGUCAACUGGUACGUGUACCACCCAGAAAAUUCAUUGCUGCUUUUGUCUUCAGGAAGCCUUUCAAAUGUCAUGCAUCCUUUUCAGUUUCGUCCAGGUGCAUCCUAUAAGCUGUCUAAAUUUGAAAUUGAUCUUCCUGCAGCACCAAAAUCACAGAAAGUGUGUUUGCUUGAAAGAGAUGUCAGCAUAGCUACUGUUUACAAUAAGACUUGCAUCUUUGUCCUUCGACAUCAGCCACGUUCACUUGGUUCUCCUGGAGCAGAAAUUGUGAUUUACAGUGUAAUCAAAGAUGGUCCUCCACGCAAGACAGAUAUUCUUAAACUGGACAAAAGUGGUCGUUUUGCAAUAAAUGUAAUUGAUAAUGUUAUUGUGGUCCAUCAUCAAGCUUCCAAGGAAUCUAUGCUGUAUGACAUACAAAUGCCAUGUGAGUCUGAUGGAUAUGUAUCAUACCAUUCACCAAUUAUUUCAAAGUGCCCUAUCAAACCAUUUAUGUUAAAAGUUCCGAUUAUGCCUAGUCAUAAUAUUGUUACAGAUCCUGAAGUUUCUUGUGAAUUAUACUCCCCUAAUUGGGUUGUUUUCCAGCCAAACAUAAUAAUUGAUCCCAAGCUGGGAUGCUUAUGGCAUGUUCAAAUGAACUGUGAGCCUUUAAUUGAUAUUAUCCAUGAUAAAGGAUUAUUAAUUGAUUUUUUGCUGUUACGACAGAAUUCGAAAUCAAUCAUUUUAAAAGUUUGUCAUGAUGGUUUACUUCCUGAUGAGCAGCUUUCAUUAGUAAAUAUAUCUAAAGUUUUUGAUAAAUUAAAUGCUAUAUAUAAACAGAAUGCUGAUAAAUUGGAAGGUAGUAAAACUAAUACUCAGAAUGUUUCAGUUUUAAAAUCAGUGGCUAUUGUGGAUCAGUCUGAUAUGUACACUCAUGUAUUUUCUGUAUUUGAGAACGAUAACAUAAAUUAUAAAUUUGUAAUUUCUGUUUUACUAGAAUACAUCCGAUCAUUGAUUCAACAUCAGCAGUUUGUCCAACAUUAUCUCUGCAAGUUAUUAAUUAAUGUUUUAGUACAAAAUAAGCAAUUUUAUCAGCUCCAUCAGUUCCUCCAGUAUCACAUUCUAAGUGAUUCUAAACAGUUAGUUUGUUUGAUGUUGGCCCUUCAAGGAAUUUAUCCUCCAGCUUAUCAGCUCGCAUUAGAUAUGCUGAAAAGACUGCAGAAUUCCAAUGAAGAAAUAGUGGAAGUUUUACUUUCACAAAAGAAAAUUCUUCAAGCUUUAUCCUUUAUAAGAAGUUGUGGAGCCAUUGAUAGUCUUUCUGCACCAAAAUAUCUUGCUGCUGCUAAACUCACUGGAGAUACAAAUAUUUUUUAUUCUGUAUACAAAUUCUUUGAGCAGAGAAAUAUUAGAUUAAGAGGUGCCCCAGAUUUUGAGCCAGGGGAACAUUGUGAGAGCUAUGUAAAAUAUUUUAAUAGUGUGUUUGGAACUGCAUCAGCACUGGAAACUGUUCUGAAUUAAAGGUGUUAUGCAUAAUGAUGAAAUACAAAUGAAAUGAUUCAGUACUUCCAUAUAAAUGAAACCACCUUGUAAGAUUACCAAAAUUUUCAAAAUGUGCAAAACAUUGGUAACCAUACACAUAAUCAUUCUUAAAUUUUAACAAGCAAUGUCACAUUUUUUGAUUAUGUUGUGUUUGCUGUAAUCCAAGUUAACAAUUGUUAAAUCAUGAUAUUUUUUAUUUUAAUUUAAUUUCUAAAUGCACAUGCAUGGGAUUUGCCUGCAGUAGAAAAAAUUGCAUGAAUAUAAAAUCAUUAAACAUAAAAAUUGUUUAAAACUAUUCUUAAAGUGAUAGCCGCAAAAUUUCCAACAGAGUAUUAAAAAAGAUUACUGAUUUUCAGAUAUAUACCUAAUUAAAAUGUAAAAUCAAGACAGAAGAAAAGCAUGCCAAAGUAAAUCAUAAAAUUAGGCAAUCCAAAAACGUGUUUGCCGUAGAUUUUAGUCAAGACUUCUAUCGAUUUCGAGUGCAAACAGGUACAAGUCCCUCUUCAUCAGAUUCGGAGAAAUCUGCUAUUAGCAGAUUAAAUCUCUGCUAAACACAGUGCUGUUAUUUUUGUCUAAUUUUUGUAGAUAAUAUGGUACUUACAUAUUAGCACCAACUCCUUGGUGUGGUUUGGUUUUUAGCAGAAGGUGAUUUGGUAAAUUUUUGGAUUAGCAAUUUACAGUGGAUCGCUCAUAUGUGCAUAGUUGACAAAGUUUGGCAACUUCUAUUUAAAGGUGGCUGUAAUAAUACAUAAAUACUAGUAAUAUAAUAUAUAAUUCUUUGCAAUUGUAAGUUAUGGUUCAUUUUCUUCUAUCAUUUCUUUUGUCAUUCAAACUUUGGUAGUUAAUUGCAAACGUAUUAAUUUGUAUUGAAAUUAGAAAUGUGUACAUAAUAUUCUGAAUUUGAUUAUUAAUGCCUGUAAUAAAUACAUAUUCAAAAAAGCCCAAUGCCUUCCCUUUCUGAUUAUCGCUCAGGAUUUUAGUAAGAGUAUGCUGGGAAGGGGAAAGCAGCCUUUAGAAUAAAACUUUUCAUUUGAGCGAAGAAUAGUGCAACCAUUCUGGAAAAAAAAUGGACUAGUUUUAAUGGUUUUAAAUUUAUUUUUAAUUGAUAUGCAUACUUUUGAAAAGAAUAAGUCAAAUGAGACUGAAUAGCAUGUACUGCAGAAAAGUUACAAUUCCAGGUAUGAUAUUAUGUUAAUAUAAGUUGGCGACCUACCAAUAUUUUGCAUAAAAAUAUAGCUUUUUCCCUCUCCAAUGUAGCUUAUAAACAUCAAAUUUAGCCUUAAAUUUUUUUAAUCCUCUAUUAGAUUCAGACUAGAUCAUCAGAUUCAUUAUUUUUUUUUUAAUUUUCAGUUACAGAUAUCCAUAUUUAUAGUUUUAUUCAAGUAAGACUUAAGGCACAUCACCAAUGCAGCAAUUGAUUAUUAUAUUUAUCUUUUUUGAUAUCCAGUUAGCUUUCAGCAUAUCUAAAAGUACCGUUGUCAUGGUAGUAAGUGGCAAAAGUGUAAUUUAUUGCUUGGAUGAUUAGCACAUAGUUUGAAACCAGUCAAAAAUCAUUGUGCAAAUAAAGCAAUUUAAAUUGUUAAAAAUAAUGUACUGUAUUAUAAUUUCCAUUUCAAAUUGUAUUUUAAUAAAACUAUUCUUUGUUACAAUGUGAGCCACAAUUUACCCAUGUCUGAUACACACUAUUUAUUAUCUGUGUAUCUAAAUUGUUUACAGAUUUGAUUGAUGUAAUUAAUAAAUUAUGCUUUAUCACCCA